CUGCUCCCUCCGGUCUGUCAAGAGAAGUGCUCGGAUGGAGAGCAGCGUCUGUCUGCGAACACUAAACUUCACUUGUCUUUUACAGGUCGUUUAAAGCGUCAAGGGUGGAAAACGGCAAACCUCCCCCUCUGCCAGACUUCUCUUUCCUCUGGAGGAAAAGAGGCAGUCGACGUGUGCUGCGGUGGAGGAAAGGUGGUUGACAGCGACACCGAAGCUGUCUCCCAAAAUCUGAGUAAUCUUAUCUCUUGAAGCUGCUUUGCUAAGACGGCAUCGUCGCGAAGGUUUCCUGGAGACUGUUUGGAUAUUUGCGCGGAGGUCAGAGAGUAAAAACCUGCAGCCAUGUCUCCGUUCCUACGGAUUGGGUUCUCCAGCUUUGAGAUGGAUCCCGGUCUGGCUUACCAUGAAGAGGUGCUGAACCCGUACUGUGCGGUUUACAUGAAGGAGGCCAUCGACACAGAAAAGGGCCAAGUGCACAAGCAGAAGAAACCCACCAUGUACCCGCCCUGGAGCACCACGUUUGAUGCCCACGUCCACCGUGGUCGCAUCAUGCACGUGAUGGUGAAGGACCGCACGGCAGAGCUGAAGUCUGAGGCUACGGUGGCUCUGGACUCGCUGGCAACGCGAUGCAAGAAGGAGAACGGCAAGCUGGAGAUCUGGCUGGAGCUGAAGCCACAGGGCCGCCUGCUGAUGGAGGCCAAAUACUAUCUGGAGAAGAGUGACGCUGCAGGUCAGACUGAGGGAGACCCAGAGUCCGAACCAGAGAGGGAGGGUCUGUUCGCCCUCCAUCAGCGGCGAGGGGCCAUCAAACAGGCUAAAGUUCACGUUGUCAAAUGUCACGAGUUCAGCGCCACGUUCUUCCCUCAACCGACCUUCUGCUCCGUCUGCAAAGAGUUUGUCUGGGGUCUUAACAAGCAGGGUUACCAGUGCAGACAGUGCAACGCAGCCAUUCACAAAAAAUGCAUAGACAAAGUAAUCGCUAAAUGCACGGGUUCAGCCAUUAACAGCAAAGAAACAAUGAUCCACAAGGAGCGCUUCAAGAUUGACAUGCCCCACAGGUUUAAGGUCUACAACUACAAAAGUCCCACUUUCUGUGAACACUGCGGUACUCUGCUGUGGGGGCUCGCCAAGCAGGGGCUCAAAUGUGAGGAAUGUAGCAUGAACGUCCAUCAUAAAUGCCAGAAGAAAGUAGCCAACCUCUGUGGGGUCAACCAAAAACUGAUGGCUGAAGCUCUGGCCAUGAUCGAGAGUAAACAGCAGGCCGAUGCUGGUCCUACCUUUUGUCAGGCCAGAAGCACCAGAGAAAGUGAAAUCAUUGGUCGAGAAGGUCCAGUAGGUGUUGGCCAGCCGGGCGUGGUCCGAGCUCCGUCUGGGUUAGUAACGGCUGUAACAGCCACAGCUCCACCUGCACCUGCAAACAAAGACUAUCAGGGUGUGUCGUGGGAUGGACCGACUGACGUCGGCAGGUCGAUCACCGAGGCGCUGACAGAAGAGGCGCCGACAGAAGAGCCUCUGUACGCUGUUCCCAGGAAGGAGCACCAACCCAAAUUCACCGUCGAUGACUUCGUCCUGCACAAGAUGCUCGGGAAAGGCAGCUUCGGCAAGGUGUUUUUAGCCGAGCUGAAAAAAAGCGGGCACUUUUACGCGGUGAAGGCUCUAAAAAAGGAUGUGGUGCUGAUGGACGAUGAUGUCGAGUGCACCAUGGUGGAGAGGAGGGUCCUCUCUCUUGCCUGGGAAAACCCUUUCCUCACGCACCUUCACUGCACCUUCCAGACCAAGGAGAACCUGUUCUUCGUGAUGGAGUAUCUGAAUGGAGGGGAUCUCAUGUUCCACAUCCAGAACUGCCACAAGUUUGACUUGCACAGAGCCACCUUCUAUGCAGCUGAGAUCAUCUGUGGGCUCCAGUUCCUGCACUCUAAAGGAAUCAUUUACAGGGAUCUGAAGCUGGAUAAUGUGCUGCUGGACUCUGAGGGUCAUAUCAAGAUAGCAGACUUUGGCAUGUGUAAGGAGAACAUGCAGGACGAGUCACGCACCUCCACCUUCUGUGGGACACCCGACUACAUCGCUCCAGAGAUCCUGCUGGGUCAGAAGUACAACAGCUCAGUGGACUGGUGGUCGUUUGGAGUGCUGCUGUACGAGAUGCUGAUCGGUCAGUCUCCGUUCCACGGCCGCGAUGAAGAGGAGCUGUUUCAAUCCAUACGAACUGACAACCCCGUUUAUCCCCGCUGGCUCACCAAAGACGCCAAGAACAUUCUGAUCGAGCUGUUUGUGAGGGAGCCCGAGGAGCGCCUGGGAGUGAAGGGAAACAUCAGACAGCACAAUUUCUUCAGCAGCACUGACUGGAACUCCCUGGAACAACGGAAGGUGGCGCCGCCCUUCAGGCCAACAUUAACGUCGCCCAGUGACUGCAGUAACUUUGACAAAGAGUUUAUCAACGAGAAGCCCCGGCUGUCGUGUGCCGACCGGACGCUCAUCAACAGCGUUGACCAGACGAUGUUCAGAAACUUCUCCUUUGUCAACCCGGGGAUGGCUCGCAACGCAGCACGCUGACAACGGGACCAACAACUUUACUACCUUACAAGCAAGCCGCUCAGACACAAACAGCACUUACUGUAACUAAAACAAACUGCAGAGACUUUAGACCAUGAAUGUCACAAAACUUAACUGUAUCCGUAAACAUGAUGAUAACCACUAAGGGGGCGUCCUGGGUGUAAGGCACAUACAGCACAACUGUGACGGGAUCUUUGUUGCAUGUCUUUUCUGUCUCUAAAUUUGAAUUAUAGAAAGAUACCCACAAAAAUCUUCUAGAAACAGACAAACAACAAAAACUGCUGAGACAAAGACACAAAGAACAUAUACCAAGAUAUAAAAAUGAACAGUCUGUUACAAUGCCUGAGAUAUAAUUUGUCUUAAGUAGUGGCAUAUAAUUACCUAUAGAAUUCCACCUUAAAAGUAUUCAACCCCCUUAACUUGCCUUUGUGCUUAUCAGGGUGUGUUUAUUAAUAGACUGAAUGUGUUGUAAUGAACGUAUGGUGCCUCAUAAUACUUUAUGAAGUUCACUUCUUCAAGCAAAGCAAACUGAGAAAUUUGGUUACACCAAAUUCCAGCUAUUGUCCUGUUAUUGUUUUAUUUCCUGCCCUAUUCCAUAGCUUGAGUAUUUUAAAUCCAUGUUGGGUACAGAUGUUAAAAUAUAAUUAAACAACCCUUGGUCGUGUAAAUAAAUGUAAUGUAAUUCUGUCGAUAUACGGUACUGUCAGUUGGAUGUAGAUCUGUUAUGAUGGCGAUGUGUAGCAGGUUUUUGUUUACGUGUUUUCUGUACCUCAGGAGUUUUAUAGAUACUAUAAUUUGGAUCAGGUACUUAGAGCUGCAUACUGUAGUUUUUAUUGUUCUCUUCAAUGUGAAUCCUGCACAAUAAAAUGUCUGUUUUUUUAGA